UACAAACUUGUAGUUCAAUAGAUAAACGUUUUUCGCCGAGUCGUUAUUGAAAAUGUUUAUUAAUAUAGUGACGAUAAAAAUAUUUCAUUAAACGGAUAUAAAAAAAACAAAAUGGAGGAUAGUUUUUAAGAAAAAAUGAACAGAUAACAAGCGUUAAAAACCACAAUUUCCAGAAAUUCGCGCGCUUCAGAAUAGUGAAAUAUUGAUUUUCUCACAAGAGGUGGAGAGCGCAUACUGCUCAUGUCCGUUUUGCUUAGACUUUCGGCCGUGCUGGCGACACGGCCGAAACGUGUUCGCCGCGACAUUGCCAGCUUGUUAUUACCUCUGAGAUGUUUAUUACAUGUUGAGCUUUAUCGUUGCUUUAUAUCGAAAUGUAGUCUAUAGAAAUUGCCGUAAAGGCAGUGUCCGUAAUUUCGUGAACAGCUAAAAGAAAGGCCUCACCAUUGCGAACAUAAUUCCUAUUAUGAUGUUGGGGCGGAAGCAGAGCCUCAAAGGGGAACCCGUCCUGGCCGAUUAUGGUCCGGAAGAGUCCCUCAAUGAGAGCGCUGACAUAGAAUGGGUUAACAAGUUAUGGGUAAGAAGGUUGAUGCGAUUUUGCGCCCUAGUCUCGUUGGCUUCUGUUUGCUUGAACACCCCGAAAACCUUUGAGAAAGUACCUUCCCUCCAAUACGUUACCUUCAUUUGCGAUUUGAUAGUCACGUUUCUGUUCACCGCCGAAAUGAUCGCUAAGAUGCACAUACGAGGAAUACUAAAGAGAGAUAAGUCUUAUUUGAAAGACCAUUGGUGCCAAUUCGACGCAAGUAUGGUGAUAUUCCUAUGGUUAUCUGUGAUUCUGCAAAUGUUCGAAAUGCUGGGUUUCCUUAUAAAGUUUAGUUAUGCCUCCAUCAUGCGAGCACCACGACCGCUGAUCAUGAUACGCUUUCUCCGAGUCUUCCUCAAGUUCUCAAUGCCCAAAGCCAGAAUCAAUCAGAUUUUCAAACGUUCGAGUCAGCAGAUUUACAAUGUAACACUUUUUUUCCUGUUCUUCAUGUCCCUUUAUGGUCUUUUGGGCGUGCAAUUCUUCGGAGAACUGAAAAAUCACUGCGUGUUGAACACAACCGAGCCCAAUUACAUCACGAUCAACAGUCUAGCCAUUCCCGACACGUUCUGUUCUACUGAUCCAGAGUCUGGAUAUCAAUGUCCCGAAGGAAUGAUUUGCAUGAAAUUAGAAUUAACCAAAUAUAUCAUAGGCUUCAAUGGAUUUGACGAGUUUGCUACUAGUAUUUUCACCGUAUACCAAGCGGCUUCUCAGGAAGGAUGGGUCUUUAUUAUGUAUCGCGCGAUAGACAGCCUACCGGCAUGGCGUGCGGUUCUUUACUUCAGCACGAUGAUAUUCUUCUUGGCUUGGUUGGUGAAGAACGUUUUCAUUGCCGUUAUCACGGAGACUUUUAACGAAAUUCGAGUUCAAUUCCAACAAAUGUGGGGUGUCAGAGGACACAUUAGUAACAGUUCGGCAUCGCAGAUAUUAACCGGAGAUGACAAUGGUUGGAAAUUAGUGACAUUAGAUGAGAAUAAACAUGGAGGUCUAGCCUCUCCACUCUGUCACACUAUCCUUAAAUCACCACAUUUUCGCUCGGUGGUAAUGUGCGCGAUUUUGGCGAAUGGUAUCACUACUGCGACGAUGAGCUUCAAGCAUGACGAGAAACCAAGACACACGUACUAUGACAAUUAUUACUGGGCUGAGAUUGUCUUCACGUUAUUGUUGGACCUAGAGACCCUCUUCAAGAUAUGGUGCCUGGGCUUUCGGAGUUAUUAUAAGCAUUCGAUUCACAAGUUCGAAUUGCUGCUUGCCAUUGGCACAACUAUACACAUUAUUCCAUUCUUCUAUCUCUCUGGAUUCACUUUCUUUCAGGUUCUCAGAAUGGUCCGACUCAUUAAAGCGUCGCCGAUGUUGGAAGAUUUUGUCUACAAAAUUUUCGGCCCUGGUAAGAAGCUCGGCAGCCUUAUUAUUUUUACCAUGUGCUUGCUGGUGAUAUCCUCCAGUAUUUCCAUGCAGCUCUUUUGUUUCCUCUGCGACUUUACCAAGUUUGAAACCUUCCCCGAGGCAUUUAUGUCGAUGUUCCAAAUUUUCACGCAAGAAGCCUGGGUCGAUGUGAUGGAUGAAACUAUGUUACGUACCCACGAAACGGUAGCACCACUAGUCGCAGUAUAUUUCAUCCUGUACCAUCUCUUCGUCACAUUGAUCGUGUUGAGUCUUUUCGUCGCGGUAAUUCUUGACAAUCUUGAGCUAGAUGAGGAUAUUAAGAAACUGAAGCAAUUAAAAUUUCGCGAGCAAAGUGCUGAGAUAAAAGAGAGUUUGCCAUUCAGACUGAGAAUCUUCGAAAAAUUCCCCGAUAGUCCACAAAUGACGUGUCUUCACAAAGUACCGUCAGAUUUCAAUUUACCGAAGGUAAAAAGAAAUAUCCGUGAAUAAGUGUUACUCUUAUUACUAAUUU